AUGUCUUCGUCAGCAAACCCAGACUCAAUCGCCCGCUUGUAUAAUGAGCCACACAACUGGGUCAGGAGAGUCUCGGCGCCUGUUCGCGGCCUCGGCCAAGCCGACGGUCACGGUGAUGAGGAAGGUGUUGACAGCGUAUUUCAUCUUGAGGCCGGAGCCGACGGGGCCGCAGUAGAUGGCUGCGCUGGUCAUGGGCUGGAUGUGCCGCCUGCGGUUGUGAUUGAGGUGUUGAGGUGCUGGCUGAAGGGGACGGAGACGGAGGAGGUGUUGACUAGGGUUUUGUUGCGGAGGUGGGGGAUUAGAUCGGGGGUGAGAAUGGAGAGGAUGGCUUGUUCGUUGAAGAGCAUUAGGAAGAUGAGGUCGGAUUGGUGGAUUAGUUGGAGGGGGUUUGCAGCUGGUUUGGCGGUGCUGCCGGGUUGGAGGAGGGGGGAGUAUUUUGAGGGGGAGCGGUUCCAGACUGUGAGGGGGAAGUGGUGGGAUAGGUUGAGGGCCAUGGGGGUGCCCAUUGUGCCUAGGCCUAGGAAGCCGAGGCGCAUUGUGGGAGGGUAUUGGAGGUUGGGUUGGGAGGUUUAA